AUGUCCUCCUACACAGUCACUUUUGUUGGCGCAACAGGCGGUUGCACCAAUGCCUGCCUCACCCAUUUCCUUCUCUCCAACAAUGACCACCUCGAAUAUAAAGCCAUUGCUUUGGCAAGGACUCCCUCAAAGCUCAUUGAGUCCUUGAAAAGACAACCAGGCAUCACAGAUUCCAUUCUUGACCGGAAACUCACCAUCGUGCAGGGCGAUGGUACAAACGCCGCGGAUAUUAAGAAGGCCCUUUUCUAUCAAGCACAGAUACCCCUGCCAAAAUUGGUUGAUGCCGUCGUCUCUGGAAUUGGUAGCUAUCCCGUACGCCAAAAGGGAACACUGCUUUCCUUGACAUUGGCCUCUCCCAACAUCGCGCAAAACUUUUCCAUUGCAUUGAUCACCGCCCUUCGAGAAAUCUAUUCAGAAAGACCGGAUAUUGAAACUAAGCCGGUGGUAUCGGUAAUCUCGACUACGGGUCUUCCCUCGCCAAAGGAGGACGUUCCCUUUGGCAUGCGGACGCUUUAUCAUCACGCCCUCAAAGUUCCGCAUGAGGAUAAGGCUAAAAUGGAGGAGCUUCUGAUGAGCGCCUAUGAAAAGGAAGCUCUCUUCAAGGCCGUAGUGAUCGUGCGCCCAACUCUCUUGACGGGCGAUGGUAUUAUCCUACCGGAUACAAACAAAAAGACUGUCAGGGCUGGGACAGUGCUUAACCCUGCUAAGGGAUAUCUCAUUUCGAGGGGAGAUGUGGGUGAAUGGAUUUGGGCAAAUAUUCUGUUGAGUGACGACCGCGGGGGAAAAUGUCGCAAAAUGUCAUCCAAAGCUACAGUGCCUGGAAAUGUGAAUGAGGCGGCUCUCGUCAGACGCUACAACGUCGAACGGUCGUGCCUCCGUUGCCACGAGCGCAAAGUGCGUUGCAACAAAGCCUUACCAUGCUCUGCUUGUACUUGCGCCAAAGUUCAAUGUCGCUAUCCGGGUCCGGAGCGCACUAAGCGGCGUUCUCAACGGGGGGCGCAAGUGCAACUUGGCUCUCGUUUGGAUAGACUAGAGAGGGCUCUUGGUGCAAUGACAACGAUUCCUGAACGUGCGGACCCUGAAACAGAUGCUCGCUUGCUUGGUGUCACAGAUAGCUGUGGAACCUCUACGUCGUCGCCUCCUCCGCCCAAAGGCCUAAGCACAAGUUCUGUGGGCAGAAGUCGCACUGCACCGCCGGAAAACCACCCAACCAGAGGAUUGCUUAUACAGGAUGGCGCGUCUACUCGGUAUAUCAACGAGGCAAUGCUGUCACAGAUGUUAGAAAAGCCUGCAUUCACGUCUCAGGAAACCGAACUUCAAUCUGCUAUCAGCACCCCAGAUAGCCGGACUAGCGUUGAGAACAGGACACCUUCCUUCGGAUUUCAUGGCAUGAUCUCGGCUCCUUGCGUCUAUGCAACAAAUUAUGCUUCUCUCUACCCCUCACGGGGACAGGCUGCACGGUUGUGGCAAGUGUAUUUGAAUAAUGUUAACCCUAUCAUGAGGCUGCUUCAUAUUCCGACCACACAGAGUUCUUUCUUCUCGGCUAUAAAUGAUUAUACGGAAGUUGCCCCGGACUUUAAAGCGCUUCUCUUCGCUAUAUACUUUGCAGCCGUAACGAGUCUUGACGAUUCGGAGGUUAACCUGAUACUAGGUCAGGACCGUCAAUCAGCCGUCAAUGCUUACCAACAAGGAAUGGAAGUGAAUCUCCAUGCGGCAUCCUUCCUGGAUUCCCCCACUAUAACUUCUUUACAAGCAUUGUCAAUCUAUCUGAUGUGCCGCCGAAGUCAUAACACUGGUCUUUCAGGUUGGGCGCUGAAUGGCCUUCUAGCCCGAGCUGCCCAGAGCAUCGGGCUGCAUCGCGAUGGUGAAAAUUUCAAACUCUCGCCCUUCGAAUGCGAAGUCCGUCGUCGGCUAUGGUGGCAAGUUGCUGGCAGUGAAUCUCGAGUCGCAGAGGACCACGGCCUAUUCACUGGCGAUCUGUUGUACUUCUGUGACACUAAACUUCCUUCCAAUCUCAAUGACAUUGAUUUAACGGUUGACAUGAGAUGUCCACCUGAGCCGAAACAGGGAUGGACAGAAACGAUGCCGUAUCUGCUUGUGUUCGAAACGAAUAAAGCUUUACAGGAAAUGCAGCAGUUUCUAGCUCGCGGAAUAAACCAUAAUGAAAGACCUGCACAUUUGGAAAGGUUUUUGCAUGAUUUCAAAGCAAAACUCAGCACUCAAUUUUUCCAAUAUCUCGACGCUAAUGUUCCCGUACAAAAAUAUGUUCUGUUGCUGGGAAACGUACAACUGGGUAAACUUGAGGUUCUAGUUCGCCAGCAAAGUAUCAGGGGUCUUACUAUAGAGAAGGCUGCCGAGUUUGUUCGUGAUGAGACUCUUGUUCUCGCUUGUGAAGCGAUACAAAGGGGCACUCAGUUGAGAACAGACGAGUUAUUGAAAAGCUUUCAUUGGCUCACCUCGACGUACCCCCAGUAUUUUUUACUUACCUACAGUCUAUGGCAUCUUUGUAUUCGACCAGAUACCGAGAGUGCAGAUUGGGCAUGGAACAUAAUCGAACAAUCGCUUCAGAAAGAUCAAAUGUACGGCCCGUCAAACCAUGGUCCAAAGUGGAAUGUAAUGAACAAGUUAAGACAGAAAGCCCUUACUAUUCGACACUCGUAUCUAUCGAGGAAGCACGCUACGACAGGUCCAUCAGAGACAGAAAACCAUGAAGUACCGACUGAGAAUCUGGACGAGGAUAUAUUCAACAUGGCAGUCGAGGAGGGAAUGAUGUGGGAUCUUGAUUUGAACUUAAUUUCGGGGUUCCAAGCAUUUUCGUCGGACCCUUUGAUACAGGGCCAAGGUUCCACUCUGUAA